AUGCUGAGCAGCACGUAUGUCGGAUGUCCCAUCGACAACGUAAGUGUUAAUAACAUUAGCUAUGCGGACGACAUGCUGUUGCUCAGCACCUCAGUCAAGGGCUUAAGAAAACUUUUAUGUAAAUGUGAGGCCUAUGCUAUGCAACAUGGCUUGAGGUACAACGAGAAAAAGAGUGAGUUCUUACUGUUCAAGGAUAAGAUUAAAGAACCAGCCUAUGUACCUCCAAUCUUCUUAAACGGUGUACCUUUGAGGCGUGUUGCACAGUUUAUGUACCUUGGUCAUACGGAGGACCUGAAGGAUAAUAAGGACAUUAAGAAGGAGCACAGGGCGCUGUGCGAUGUCAGUUCGAGGAGUGAAACUUACGCUCGUCAAAGUUUACUGCCAGAGUUUCUACACGUGUGCUCUAUGGUUCAACUUUACGCUGAGACAUAUGGUGACUUGAGAGUCCAAUAA